GGAGAGUGCAAGAGAAAUCAGAUUGUGAAUUUAAACUUUUAAGGUAGUCAUUCAUCACGUGACUUUCAAACCACGUGACCACAAAUAGAUAAGCAUGGCGGCGCACUGUUGUGCAGGACUUGCAACAAGAUCAGCAGGCCUGGGUGGUUUGCUGCGGAGAGUUAGUUUCUUAAGAAGCUGUGGUCCCCCCACAGCCCUACUGUGUCAGCAAAAUCGGCACCUCUUCUGGAAGAAGUGGAAAAGUUCUCAAAAUGUAGUUCGCCCAGCUACUGUUCGGCCUGCCUAUGCAGUACCCAAGCACAUUGUGCAGCCUGACUAUGUAGGCACUAGACUAGUCCCAGAAUGGCCGGACUACCUUGAGAUCAAAGACCAAGAGCAGAUCGAAGGCCUCGCCAGAGCAUGUCAGCUAGCCAGGCAUGUACUGCUACUAGCUGGACGCAGCCUGAGGGUAGGUAUGACAACAGAUGAAAUAGACUUCAUUGUACACGAGGAGACAAUCAAGCACAACGCCUACCCAUCCCCUCUCCAAUACGGGGGUUUCCCCAAGUCAGUCUGUACGUCGGUGAACAACGUGGUCUGCCAUGGCAUACCUGACGGUCGGCUACUUCAAGACGGAGAUAUCAUCAACGUUGAUGUCACUGUGUAUUUGGAUGGUUACCAUGGUGACACCUCAGAAACCUUCCUGAUAGGCCAGGUGGAUGAGGUUGGGCAGCGAUUGGUGGAAACUGCCAGGCGCUGCCGAGAUGAGGCCAUCGCUGCCUGCAAGCCGGGUGCUCAGUUCUGUGUUAUAGGAAACACUAUCAGUGAAAUCGCGCACACCAGUGGCUUCCAAGUGUGUCCUUAUUUCAUCGGACAUGGAAUAGGUUCCUACUUUCAUUGCCAUCCUGAAAUCUGGCACCAUGCUAAUGACAAUGACAUGACCAUGGAUGAAGGGAUGUCUUUCACAAUAGAGCCCAUACUGAUGGAGGGGUCUGCAGAGUUCAGAAUCCUGAGGGAUAAGUGGACCGCAGUGUCUGCAGAUGAUAAAAGGUCGGCUCAGUUUGAACACACAGUGGUCAUCACAUCUGACGGAGUGGAUAUUCUCACUAAACUGCCAGAAGAGAUCAAUCUGGACGUGAAUAAAUCAAACUGCUGACUCCCACAUCAGCUCAGAGAAAUCUCUUUACCUCAAAAAGGAUCUAAACUACCUGAGAUAACAAAAACAUGAACUUGAAUGGUGACACAUAUUUAAAACGAGUGGGUUGUUUUUAACCUGUAAAGUGUAUCAAAAUAAAUGUAAAAUGUUUGCA